AUGGCGCGAACUAAAGUUCCUCCUAUUGCGACUCAAGAUUCUACUUCUCAUAUUGAGAAAGGAGUUGGUUCUUCCGAGUCUCAAGAAACUUCAUCUAGUUCUUUUACAUCAUUUUCCUCAACCCCAACAUGCCCCAAUUGCAGUAUUACAUUUGCAGAACUAUCAGAUAUGGACUUUCGUAGUCACGUGGCUGCAUGCAGUCGGCCAUCCACAGCGGAAUCAGUGGGAACUAUUACUACUUCAGGUAGUUCUCUAUCACCACCUCCUACUUCACUUGAGAAUGUAUAUGCUUCAGCAAAAUAUUUAUCCAAUAAGGAUGGGCCGAGACCAGAUUUGCAUUUCGAUUACAAUGCAGCUCAAGAGCCUGCUAUUGCCAUCGCUGACGCUGACGCCGACGAAGAAGAUUUCGAUCCAGAAAAUCAUGAUCGGAUUCGACCAUACAUCGAUCCAAAUUCUGAAUUCGACUACUAUGAUCAAGCCGAGGGUCAUGAAGAGCACGAUGUAGAUAUCAAUGAUCCAGAUAUUGGUCUCAAGUUCAAAUAUCCCAAGCUUCCCCCGGUGGAGCACUUCGAAAAAUACCUGAAAAAUCCUAGCGAAAUGUCAUAUGAUGAACUAUACAAAAGAGCUGCGAUUGUGAGCACAACUGUUUUAGCUGCUUGGCAAAGGGAGUUUGAUGCAAUUGAUGAGGAAAUUUACGCAUAUGAAUCCCAGGAGAAAGAACGACUUCAAUUCGAAAAGGAGGCCGAGAAAGCCCUAGAAGAGGCAGACAGACUUGCCGAGCAAUUGGACAGAGAUGAACUGGUAGCUACUGCAAAACAUUACGCAGUGGAAUUGAAAUCAAAGACUCCAGACUGGACAACUUUCAUCAAUAAGUAUCAUAAAGACGAUGAAUUUCGUCUACGUCUCGAAAGUCUUCGGGACCCACAAUUCAGAGCCAAACUUCAAAGACAGGCUUUCGUUAGAGAACAAGAGAAGCAAAAGCUUAAGCAAAAGGAACUAAAAGAGUCAAAUAAGCUAAAACUUCUCAACGAGCCACUGCCUGAGAUUAAAUUGACUAAAGAAGAGAUAGAAGCCGAGAAAAGAAAAGCAGGACGUCUGAUAGAUCCCACAAAGUGGGAUGACAUGAAGCAAGCUGAGGUAUACGGUUUUGAAUAUUCUUCCCAUCCAAAACAUAUUGGUGCGCAACCAAUUCCAUCGGCCUCUAGAAAGCGUGGUGGUAUGGGAGAAAUAGAUAUGAGUGAAGGUAGAAGUGGUCGAGCUCAACGAAUGGCUACGAGGAAAAUGUACGAUCUAAGUACACCAGAGGAUGAAUCAGACGGUUUACCAGCAAAACGACAACGCAAGGUUCGAGUUCUUGACGAUGCUAUUGGAGAGUUAUCAAAGUCUCCUCGAAAACAAAGCCGAAGUCAAACCCCCAUCAGAAGAACUUUUCCAUCGGGGAAACCCAUUGGAAGGCCACCAAAAUCUUUGUCAAAGCUCAAGGAUGUUCAGCUUGCAUCUGGCGAAGAUGAGACGAUACUUGAAGAUGAAUCCAUUAAAGACGAAGAUAUUUCUCGACAUCUCCUGCCAGCCGAACAAGAGCAACUACAGCAAUCGGCCGAAUUACUUGUUAAUCAAAUCGCCGAAGAAUUACCCGCUGAACCGGUUGUAAAAAAGAAGCAUGCAGGUGGUAGGCCACGGAAGCAUCCGCUUCCCGUUCCUGCUCCUGUGGCUGUUGUUGACGUUAUGAACCCCGCAGAACAAAAUACUACAGCAGUAUCCGAGACCCCUGCGGCAAUCGUACCUCCUAUCAAGCCCAAGGCUAAAGUUAUCAAACCAAAGAAGCAACCAGCCAAGUCAGCCAAAUCCGGUGGCCGGGUCAAGAAGGAAGCUAAUAUCGAACCAAGUGCCGAAACUGAGGAAGAAAAUGCAAUCUUGCCAACAACCGAGCACGAUGAUGACUCGGAUUCAGAAGCAACUGAGGCGAUCAACUCAAGGCGCGACAGCUCAUCAUCGCAGUCAACUAUCUCUUCUUAUGCUACUAGAAAUCGUGCAGCAGCAUCCGUCGAAAAGUCAACUUCAAUUCAAGAGUCCCCCAGGAAAGUUGUACGAGGAAAACGUAAUAGUAGAUCGAGCGAAACUCCUGUCGCCAAUUCUCAAUUACUAAAGGCACGGAAGCCGCGUGGAAAACAGGCAACGAUUGAGGAGGAUGAAGAAGCGGAGCCGUCACAUGAACCAAUCAUCAAGAAAGAAGCGACUCCAACCGCACAUCCGAUAACCUCACCUUCAUCGUCCCGAACUAAACGCAAGCGAACAGUUGAAAUCAAUUCUGACGCGCCAACAGCUCCGAGUGCUUCCCCUACCAAGAAGGCUCGUAAAGGUCGCCCUACCAAAUCCUUAUCAGCGCCCUCCGAGGGGUCUCUUAUUAUUUCGGCUUCAUCGUCAAAAAUCAAGAUAAACAAGAGGGCUAAAGGACCUCUUGCAAGAAUUCUUCCACCUCGUGAACCCAGUACUCGAGCUCGUCGGGCUCCAAAGGCUAUUCGAAAUACCGAUGAUGCCAACGAGGAUGAAGAGGAUGAAGAUGAGUUGCAAAUGCCAGCAACAGAAUAUGAAAGGUAUCAAGCUUUGGCUGACCCAAGGAGUCCCAUUACAUUGGGAAAGAGAAUUCGAAAAAGCGUCAUUGAUCUCAGAACAGCUAUGGAAGGUGGUGAUGAUGAGGAUGGCGAUGACGAGUUUGAGGGGUGA